CAUGAUCGCCUGAGGCUGCAGGGAGCCGAGAGUGGGAGGCCAAGAUGGCGGGGCAGGAGGAAGAGGAGCGGGCGCUGCUGGACGAGGAGCCGCCGGCGGAGCCUGAUGCGCCCCCUUCGCGGAAGCCGCUGUCAGCGUUGUGCGACCCGCAGCGGCUGGCUCAUCGGCUGGUGGUCCUGGCGCUGAUGUGCUUCUUGGGCUUCGGCAGCUAUUUCUGCUAUGACAACCCAGCAGCUCUGCAGACUCAAGUUCAAGGGGAUAUGAAAGUGAACACUGCUCAAUUCAUGGCAUUGUAUUCCUGGUAUUCUUGGCCAAAUGUGAUCCUCUGUUUCUUUGGAGGCUUUUUGAUAGACAGAGUCUUUGGAAUAAGAUGGGGUACAAUAAUAUUUAGCAUCUUUGUCUGUGUUGGGCAGGUGAUCUUUGCUUUAGGAGCUGUAUUUGAUGCUUUUUGGUUGAUGGAAGCUGGAAGGUUUGUGUUUGGGAUUGGUGGGGAGUCCUUAGCGGUGGCCCAAAACACCUAUGCUGUCAGUUGGUUUAAAGGGAAAGAAUUAAACCUUGUGUUUGGCCUGCAGCUUAGCAUGGCUCGGGUUGGGAGCACUGUGAAUAUGAACAUCAUGGGAUGGGUAUACUCCAGAAUACAAGAUCUAAUGGGUUCUACAGGCCACACCACUCUUGGCGUAGUGCUCUUGAUAGGUGGAGUAACAUGUAUCUUUUCGUUACUCUGUGCUCUCUUUCUUGCUUAUUUGGACCGAAGAGCUGAGAAAAUUCUUUGUAAAGAGCAGGGGAAAAGCGGUGAAGUUAUUAAGUUAACUGACGUGAAAGAUUUCUCACUGUCCCUGUGGCUCAUAUUUAUCAUCUGUGUUUGUUACUAUGUGGCUGUCUUCCCAUUCAUUGGACUUGGAAAGGUUUUCUUCAUUGAGAAAUUCAAGUUUUCUUCUCAAGAAGCAAGUGCAAUCAACAGCAUCGUCUAUGUUAUAUCAGCCCCCAUGUCCCCUGUCUUUGGAUUCCUGGUGGAUAAAUUUGGAAGAAACAUUUCUUGGGUUAUAUGUUCGGUGGUGAUUACUUUGGCUUCUCACAUCAUGUUGGCCUUUACUUUCUGGAACCCUUGGAUUGCUAUGUGUUUGUUGGGAGUAGCUUACUCUCUACUUGCCUGUGCCUUGUGGCCUAUGGUGGCUUUCGUGGUCCCCGAACAUCAGUUGGGAACUGCAUAUGGUUUUAUGCAGUCAAUCCAGAACUUGGGUCUAGCAGUGAUUGCCAUAGCUGCUGGUACAAUCUUGGAUUCCCGAGGAUACCUGUACCUAGAAAUCUUCUUCAGUGCUUGCGUGUGCAUGUCACUCAUGGCUGUAGUCAUGUUGUACUUCGUGAACCUCAUCCAAGGCGGUGACCUUAAUUGGUCUGCAAGGAGAAGAGAGAAGUUUCAGAAGUUGGCUGUGGCUGAGUAAGAAAUCUUGACGAGGGAACGUCAUCCUGAAGCGCGGGAGCACUUUGAUCAGCAGCCGGUCCCGUUGAAGAGUGUUCCGGUGGGGGUGUGCGUCUGUGUGUCCUAACAGCUUGAUGUUUAACUCAUGAAUGAUCUAGUUGAUUGGAAAACACAGUGACACUCAUUGGACCCUUUCACAACGAAGGGCGUGCAGCAAUUGGUCAAACCUGUAUGUUCCUUGAAGGACUUGGAUCUUGUCUUUAUUGAAGACACCACAAAUCUUGUCUUUAUUGAAGAGCCUUGGUUACAAUUGAACUGAAGUCGGCUUCUUCAGAAUGUUGCUGGAACUUUGUUACUUCACCAACACUUUUUCUUUUUGGUGGACAUUUCACUGGGGACAAUAAUGGUUAAUUCUUGCACAUUUAACUUAUGUUCUAAGGGAGGCUUGCCUUCAAAAUGUGGUUCUUAAUUAGUCAGUGCAAAAGGCUUCCUUUUAAUAAACUAUGGUAUUUUCAGGACCAUGAGUGUGUUAAACAAGAUCCUAAUGGUGAUGCUUUCAUAAUGGUGGUGAUAAUGGGGGAAUGAUUGGCCAAAUUAAUUGAAAUAUCUGCAUUGCAGGGGGUUGGACUUGAUGGCCCUUGGGGGGUCUCUUCCAAUGCUAUGAUUCUAUCUUUAGGAGGAAUAAACUUCUGAACUGCCAAGCAGUUCCAGGGAGCUUGACUUCUUUCUCUCUCUUGUACGCUGUCUCUCUUUUUGUACUGGCGCUAUCUUUUGUGUUAAAAUUGUUAAAGUCAAAAAAAGCAUUGUGGAAAUUUUGACUUUGCCCUGAAAUUUUGAGAUAUUUAUAAAUAAAUAUUGGAGAAGAAGG